CAGCUGCAGCAGGCACCUGGCAGGGAGCCGCAGCGGCGGGGAUGUGAACCAGGCGGGGAGGAAGGCCCUUGACUCAUCAGAUAAAUCCAGCCCCGCCAGGAGAGCGGAGGCGGCGCGGCGCUAGCAGGGGAGGAUGGCGGGGGACAGCGAGCAGCGGCUGGAGGAACAGGGGCAGCCCAGCGGCGGCGAGCCUUUCCUCAUCGGGGUCAGCGGCGGCACGGCCAGCGGCAAGUCUUCAGUCUGCUCCAAGAUUGUCCAGCUGCUGGGCCAGAACGAAGUGGACUAUCGCCAGAAGCAGGUGGUGAUUGUGAGCCAAGACAGCUUCUACCGAGUCCUCACCUCAGAGCAGAAAUCCAAAGCACUUAAAGGCCAGUUCAAUUUUGACCAUCCAGAUGCCUUUGACAACGAGCUGAUCGUGAAAACGCUCAAAGAGAUCACAGAAGGGAAGACUGUCCAGAUCCCCGUCUACGACUUUGUCUCCCACUCCAGGAAAGAGGAAACAGUGACUGUCUACCCUGCCGACGUGGUGCUCUUUGAGGGCAUCCUGGCCUUCUACAGCCAGGAGGUGCGGGAUCUCUUCCGCAUGAAGCUCUUUGUGGAUACAGAUGCAGACACCCGGCUGUCCCGCAGAGUGCUACGAGACAUCAGUGAGCGAGGCAGGGACCUUGAGCAGAUCUUGUCACAGUACAUCACUUUUGUGAAGCCUGCCUUCGAGGAGUUCUGUUUGCCAACCAAGAAGUAUGCUGACGUGAUCAUUCCCAGAGGAGCAGAUAAUGAAGUGGCCAUCAACCUGAUCGUGCAGCACAUCCAGGACAUUCUUAACGGAGGACUCAGCAAACGCCAGAGCAAUGGCUACCUGAAUGGCUACACUCCCCCGCGCCAGCGGCAGCCCUCAGAGUCCAGCAGCCGGCCUCACUGACCCCGGGCGGCAGGCGUGAGGCUGUGGGCGGAGGGCACUCGGGCCCUGCCACUGCCCCCCUGUACAUACUGUCCGUUCAUUCCCCCCUUAUCUAUUUAAGAAACCAGACGGAGACGAAUGCCUUUAAUUUUGUAUGUUGGAAAUGCCGAUUGAGAAGCAGCCAGCUGCUCGGGAGCCUGGACCGCCCACAGCUCCUGGUCUUGCUCAGUAACUCCUCCAGCACGGAACCGGCUAUAAAUCUCUAUAAAUAUAGAAUUGCUCUAUUUUUGUGUAAAUGCAGAAUAACGUAAAAUUACUUGCCGUAAGGUAUUUGCCAGGCUCGGUGUUGCUGGGAGGGAGCUGGGAAUAGGGGCCUGGAGUUGGCAUCCUCACCUGAUAGACAAGAGGAAGAGCAUCCAACAACUGUUUUAGUAUGCCUGUGGUCUCCAUCUAAGGGAAGGGGCAGUCUGUAAUGGAGGUUCUAACUUAAGUGCAGCGAGGCUGGGGUUGCCUCCUCCUGUUUGUUGCUGCUCAGGUUCAGGCAGCCUGAUGUUGGCUGGCAGGCACUGCACAAUGCCACUGGCAGAUGGCAGAAUGGUGUGUAAUAACUCCCCUGACUGUCUUUCAUGUCUCUGGAUCUCAGUCCUUCAACAGCAUCCCUUUUUUGUUGUCUGGCAUGCCUUCUCACCACGGUUGUGGUGUCUGUUGUCACACCCUCCAUCAAGGACCUGGCAGGAAAUGUUGGGUAGCUGGUCAUAAAUGUGGCAGCUUGUGUUUUUAGCAGUCUUGCUGCCUGGCUUGGAUAGAUAUCCAAGAUAGGAUGUGUGUCCCUUCAGCCCCUCUGAAGCUUGAUGGCCAUGUGUGUGGUGGGACUCCUAACCAAGCCCCAGGCUCAUCCCUACACCUGGAAGUCAGACUGCAGAAGGUCAGAUCUGCAUCUGUCAUUCCUCACUUGAAAUGGUUUUGCUGUUGAGUAGGGGCAGUUGGGUCUAUAAAUAUGGUUAAUGGAGAACCAGCCAUAAAAGAAAGUGGCAGUGGAUGGCAGCUGCUAAGCAGCCUGAGGGAGUGCCAGCAGCAUGUAGCAAUAUCUGGCUCCCUAAUAUCUGCUUCUGUGCAUCAUGUCCACAGGCCCCAGCUGGAUGGCCAGAUGUCACUACAGCUUGUGUCUCCUUCUUUGUGUGCUGAUGGAGGAUGUGGUGUCCCCACUGCCUGUCAUCCCUGCGCAUGUCCAGGAAGUAAACUCAUUUGCUGAGGGUGAGAAUCAGUUCCCUUUAAGUUGGUAGUGCUGCAAUAGUGGCAGCAUGGGAAAGCCUGAUGGGGCUGCAAUGUCCAGCUGGGGAUGCCUGGAGGGCAAGGUGGAGCAGAUGAGCUGGGGCAGAUGCUUGGUGGGAGCCUGGGAAGGGGAUGUGAUGGGAUGCUAGCCAGGGAAGAACCUGCACUCCUGGGACCAACUUGUCCCAGCAGAUAACAAAUCUCAAUCAUCCACAAAGCCUGGAGCUGGGACCUGUAGCCUUGCUCCCUCUCAUGGUUUUCACUCCUUCCAGAGCAUUGUUUUUGCUCUGGAAGCACAGUUAAAAGCUCAAGACUUUAGAAACUAGAUGCUCCAUUACUCUCUAGUGUGAGUUUUUGAUUUUAACCAAGAGAACAAGAAAAAGAAAAAAGUGCCUAUCCCAACGAGCACUGCUGGAGCAGUCUCAUUCCCUCUUGGUUUGUGAUGAGGGACUGUGACAUCAGCCCUUCAUCCCUGUCACUGUCUGCAAACAUUUCCCAAGGCGUGACAGCUCUGCCAUUAUCAAGAGCUGACCUUGGCUGAAUUCCUCCAACUACAGCAUGUCAGCCAUGUGUGAGAGGGACUGAAGCCCUGCAUAUCUGGAGAGGCUUCUCAGGACUUAAGUGGACAAUAUAGCUGUUAGGUUAAAUACUGAUCUCCCCUUCCCUGUGAAUAAAGACAACAAAUGUAUACUGGUGCUUCUCAUCUCCGGUAUAUGGUGCUGUGUGCUGCUGGCUGUAGUCCUAGUUUUGAAGCAGAUUUGGGCAUCAUCUUAGUUCUGCAAGGCGAAGCCAGAUGUGAAAGAGCACUACUGAUGCACAGACUGCUUUGGUGGGGGCUCGAUGAGCAGGGAAGUGGAGUGAAAACUUUCUGAAAGGCCAGGGUGGUGAUCAGUGGUAUAAAAUUUGUUUGAAUGUCAGUAACUAGCAGUAUACCCCAGGGAGUCAAACUGGUUCCAGUCCUGUUCAACAUCUUCAUUACACACUGGAUGAUGGGGCAGAGUAUAUCCUCAGCAGGUCAGUGGAUAACAGAAAACUGGGAGGAGUGGCUGGUAUAUGAGAGGAUUGUGCUGCCAUCCAGAGGAACCUUGAUAGACUGGAGAAGGGAGCUGACAGGAACCUCGUGAAGUUCAGCAAGGAAAACUGCAAAGCCCUGAACGUGGCAGGAACAACCCAGGGGUCACCCAGCCUGGCAAAAAAUUCUUUGGGGUUUUGGUGGACCCUAAGUUGGCCAUGAGUCAGCAAUGAACUCUUGCCCCAAAGACUGUUGGUUGCCUGGGCUGCUUUAGGCACGUGUUGACAACAGCUCAAGGGAGGCGAUCCUUCCCAGAACUGGUGAAACCACACCUGGAGUGCUGUGUCCACUUGGGGGUUCACCAGUACAAGAGAGACAUAGAGCUACUGGUGAGAGUCCAGCAAAGGGCCUGCGGAUGGGAAAUGGCACGUACACAGAUCUGUGUUUACCGGGGGCUGGAUCUGAUGCUGAUGGACUGCCUGGUGCUGUGGAGAGUCUGUGGUUCCCUUGAGCAGCUGCCACUUCUCUACGGGAGCGUAUUGGUCUUUUGUGGCAGGUGCCUAUGUGCGAUACUGAUGCUCAGUGGACAUCCUGCAGGUCCUGUAUCUGGGGACUCUUUUCAGCAUUAUGCACCACAGCGCUUCAGAAUGCUUCCACAAGAAAUUGCUCUAGCCUGUGACCUUUUAGAGAAUCACAGAGUCAGUAAGGUUGGAAAAGACCUCUCGGGUCAUCAGGGCCAACCCCAACCCAUUCCCAACGCUAAACACAUCCCUCAGUGUCACAUCUCCACGGUUCUUGAGUGCCUCCAAGGGUGGUGACUCCACCACCUCCCCGGGCAGCUGGAGAGAGCAAUAAGGUCUCCCUGAAGUUCCUCUUCUCCAGAUUGACACAUUCCUGUUCUUUCAGCUGUUCCCCACCACUCUUGACCAGUUGCCAGCUGGAUUUAACUCCAUUCACUGCUGCUCUUUGGGUCCCAACAUCUAGGUAGUUCUUUACCCAGCAAAGAGUGUACCCAUCCAAGCCAUGGGCUGCCAGCUUCUCUAGGA